AAUGGCUAGUCUUUAUGGAAUGAGCGCUAAAGAUAGAAAGGCCAUGUUCGAAUCGAAGCAGAACAACGAUCCGAAAGCAAAAGUUGGAGGCGCUCCUAAAAAGAUUGGAAAGUUAGGAAUAAAAGAAACUAAGACGGAUAAAGACGAAAAAGUACGAAAAGUAUCGAAAGAUGAAGGAAAGAAAAAGGUUGUUAAAAAGAAAACUGAAGAUAGUAAAAAAAAAAAGGAGACUUCCCAGGCUGUUGAGAAGAAGACAGAAGAGAAAACAGAUGAUAAAAACGAAGAGAAAGCUAAAGAUUUGAAAAAAGAACCUAAAGAGAAGAAGGAAAGUGAACCGUUGAUAGAAGAGAAGAAGACGGAGAAAAAAGAAGUUAAACAGAAAAUUGUAGAUAAUAAAAAACAGGAUGAUACAUUAAAAAAAGAAACUAAGAGUAAACAAGCAUCUGAAAAGGUUUCCAAAAAAGAAAAAGAAGUCGAAGCACCUAUUCAACUACUAGAGCAUUCGACAGAAACUUUAUCCGAAAAUACCGAAGAGAAUCUUAAAACAAUUAAAUAUCCUAAAAAAACUGAAAAGAUUAUAUCGUCCAUUGAAAAAAGCGCUCACGAUAAACCAAGAGAUAUCAGAUUAGACAGCGUUGAAAUUUUACACGCUGAAGAAAAACCUGUAGUAGAAGAACAGCCAAAACAAGAUGAUGUAGAUGAAACUUUUGAUUUAGAUUUAGACUCUGAAUUAGCCGCGAAUGUAAAACUUGCAAAAGUUGAAUCAAAGCAGAAAAUUAAUGAAAAAGGUCAUAACGAUAAAGAGGAAAAGGAAUCAGUGCAGAAAGAAGUUUCGAAAGUUCCUGUGAAAUUGGAUAAUGAGGAAGUAAUUAGUGAAAAAUCUGAAGUAAACAAACCAGACGUUUGCGAAGAAGAAGAAAAGGAACAAACUAAGGAAGUUAAUGCUGUCGAAAAUGAUAAAAUAGUUGAAGAGAAAUCUUCAAAUCUCCAGUCAGAGGGGAAAGAAACUGUUGGAGAAGCUAAAGAAGAGAAUAAAGAUCAAUUAAAAAUGAACGAAAGAGAGCUGAGUGAUAAGGAAGAUUCAACCCAAAAUAGAGAUGAAAAUGUUGAUAGAGAAGCCAAUAAUGAACAUUAUGAAAAAGAUGAAAAAGAUGAAAAAGAUGAAAAAGAAACUGCUAAGAAAGAAGAUGUGAAAGAGGACAAGCGUCCAAAUGUGAAAGUCGAAAAGCAGCCUUCUGUUGAAGAAUCUACCAUAAAACAAGAGGCAGAACAGAUUAAUGAGAUAGUAGAAAGAAAACCAGAAGAGGAAUUAAAAGGUGUUGAAGAAAAUGAAAAGGAGAAGUUGAAAGCUGAAGUUGUUGACAAACAAAACAAAAAAUCAAAAGAGCAAUUGGAAGAACAAAAAAACUCUGAGGAAAGAUCAAAAGAAAAGUCAACAGAGAAAGUUCAUCAAGACAAAAAGCAAGAAAGAUUAUCGCCUAAAGAAGAAAAAAUUGAUAAGCCGGUAGAAAUUGCUGCUGAACAAAAAUCUUCUGUCUCUGAUAAAGAAGACGCGGAGGUUGACUCAAUCCUAAAGGAAGAAGAAAGAGUAAUGAUAAAUAGAGCUAGCGAAACGAUUAUUGAGGAAACGGAAGAAGAAGCUGAUUCGGACGUUGAAAAUGUGAAGAAUGAGAUUAUAUCUCAGAAAACGUUUACCGAAUCGAUAAUGCCUAAUCAGGAGUUCAAGCCUAUUCCACAAGAAUUUUUCGAUACCAUUUUUUACUAUUCGGGAAUGGGAAAAGCCAUAGGGCAAGCUCUUUCGGAAGGUGUUUACGUUCCUCAUAAAACAGCAGAUUUCUCAGUAGAGAAUGGAUCCAAAAACUUGGUUGUGCCUGAACCGAAUAAUCUUCAUAGAAAAGCCUCUGAUCUUUCAAAUAAUUUGAAAGAGCUUCGAAGAUUGUUGGAAGAUCUGCCCUCUUUUAGUACCAGUUCGGUUAGGGAUAAAAAUAGAGAGGUUAGAUCGGAGGAGGAGAACAGGUGCGAAAUUAGGUCGAAUUCUAGGGAUGAAAUGGAAUGCAAUAGUAGAAAAAAAGAAUCUAUGGAUACUGUAAAAUCGAGGGUAAAGGAGGAAAGUACUAAGCAUGUAAGAUUCUCCCAAGAUGUAGAUAAUUUAUCAUUAAACAAUCAAGAAAAUCGUCAAUCUUCAAGUAGUAGUAGGGGUCAAGUUCAUACUUUACCAUCAAUUCCAUAUGAGCAAACUACAAUAAACAGUAGCGCUUUCAGCACCAGAUUUGAAAACAAACAAUGGCAAGCAGCACCUGUUAAGUUUUCAGCUCAAGAAGAUAUAAAAUCACUUCGACCAUUUUUGGUCGGUCCAACAUUUGAUAAAAAAGCUGGAGUUGCAAAUCCAACAAUUGAUUUUAAAAAGUUUACUCCUCCAGGCCCCUAUAAAUACCCUCUUCCACCUCCAGUGGAAAAAUCCCUUCCAUAUGCAGAUCUUUAA